UAUUACAAAUCAAUACUUCUAUUAUAUACAACAUACAACAUGACUGAUCAAUCCAAAGAGGAGAAACUUGCUGAAUAUGUAUUGACCCACCCUCAAGUUGAAUCUGCCCGAGGCAAACCUCGGGAAGUCCUUCGCUUGAUUGAAGAGUAUGACUCUAAAACUCAGCUUGAGAUGAUAAUUGGCCCACACAAGGGACAAGUAAUCAUUGACGAAAUUAAAAAGGUCAAUCCCAAAAUCAUGAUUGAAUUGGGCUGCUAUGUUGGAUACUCGGCUAUUUUGUUUGCACUGGUGUUACCGGAAGAUUCAAAGUACUAUAGCUUCGAACUCAAUGACAAGUUUGCAGCUAUUGCUAGAAAGUUUAUCAGCUUGGCUGGAUUGGAUCAUAAGAUUGAGAUUUUUGUGGGAAAAGCUAGCGAUAGAUUACCUGAAUUUAGAGAUAAGAUCGGUAACGUUAACGGGAAGCCUAAGGCUGUUGAAUUCGUAUUUAUUGAUCAUUGGAAAGAUGUGUAUGUUCCUGAUCUUCGUAUUUUAGAAACUUUGAAUUUUAUUGCUCCUGGAACUGUAAUUGCUGCUGAUAAUAUUAUCUAUCCAGGUGUACCAGGUUAUACCGACUAUGUCCAAGGUUCAGCUGAGUAUAAAAAAGAGCAUAAUAAGACCAACACAAAUAAGAAUGGUGCUGAAUAUGUAGGCCGGUGGAAUAUUGUGUAUAAAUCGGAGACAAUUGAGGUUGAGAACCCAAAUCGUCAUAGAGAUGGAGUCGAAAUUUCAAGAUGCGUAGAUGUUCUUGCAGAAUGAA